UUUCCAACCAAUUCUAACACUGGUUUGGUGACGUCAGAUCUAGCUUCCCCUUCCUACCAUAUGAUCAGGUCAACUGGCCUUCAAAAGGCAGUGUUUCAGAGUCUGGACUCACACAUCCUCGUAAUCGGCACUGAAAUCAUCAUGGCAGAAGAGGGGAAUCCUGUUCAUGGUGGUGUUAUGUUGCUCCACACUGAAAAUGAAGGGAAACACUCAUAUGAAGUGAAAGGCUUUUUAAACUAUAACAAAGGAAUAUUUGCGAGCAAAGGAGAUAAACUUAUAAUGAUAAACAACAAAGAUAUGGAAGAUUUGACUCCGCAGGCAUUUGCUAAGCUCCUGGCUGAAGGAUCACUCUUACUUACCAUACACCAUUCGCCCAAAAUCAAAAUCGAAGAAUGUGAAUCUGAGGAAAUCAGUGUCCAUACAAAGGAGUCGACAGUCAUGAGAUUCAGCCUGAUGAUGGUAAGAGAGGAAGAUCUAGAAGCCACUGUAAUCGAACCAACGCCAGAGUGGGAAAGCCAAGACAUUGAGGACGACUCUUUCAUUGAUGACACACUUCUGCUUGUCUCCAUGGAUGACACAAGGUUCAGUAUGGUCAUUGCUCGGGGCGGUGACCCUGACAAUCCUUGCAACUGCUGUGGAGGGAUGAAUUGCCAAUUUAACGAAGUUGUUGUCCUGCCUGCGAGAGCUGAGAUUACCCAUAAUUCUUCAAGGAUUUUGAAACAGUUCAGAGAGAAACAUAAUGUGAUUUUGAAGAGUUUCCUCAUAGGAAAGUAUGUCACCCCACAAAAUCAGCAGAUGUGUUUAAGUGACACCAUGUCAGCAAAUAUCACCCUUUACUAUUACACUGCCACCAUCCCAGGCAUUAAAGGUGUUCCUGUUUUACUAAACUUCACUGACACAGAAAACUUCUUCUGCUGUACCACCAAGCAAGGUGAAGAUAAGAAGUUUUUAACAAUCGUGAGCCACAGUAAAAAUGACCUUAAAAGCAUCUGUCCCGAUGACCUAGACAAAUGGUCUCUAGUAUUCUACAUGACUAGUGGGAAGGACAAUCUUCGGUAUUUUGAAUCAGCUCUUUAUAAAGGAUGGUUUAUUUACUCACAAAGUGUAGAUGAAGUGAACAUGAAAAAAGACAAUGGUCAACGCGGUGACUUCUCAUUCAUAAUUCUGAGUGAUAAAAGGUCAUGUUAGAAUUCAAGGUCUUGAUAUGAUCGCUGGGACGCUGAGAACUAUUCUCAAAUUAACUUACAUUUCAAUAAACAUGUUUUGGAUGAGUUUAAGGUUAAGGUUGUCUUAACGGAUGCAGCCUCUUCCAAAGAAUGGUGUGUUUUACUGCCAUCGCAGUAGUAAGUAGAUAUGUAUCAUACUGUUAUACUGUCAUCUUUUUAUAUUCAACUAAUUUUAAACUGAUGUUUUUAAUCCAACACAUCUAAUUCAAAUUUACUUUUAUUUCUAACUGUCCGUAGUUCCUUUUUUACUAGUAACGUAAUGCAUGUAAUUCUUAUAUUUAUAUUAUCAACUGUUUUUUAGGCUACAUUUGUCUGUUUAAGCGGAAAGCUAACUUAGAACUGUUGCUUUUGCUGCAUAAAUGUAUAAUUUACCAUAAAAAUUUGAGUCAUGUCUUGUUUCUUCUAUAAAAUCGCAAUAAAAAGUUGUGAAUCAAGUGCAGUAAAUGUUUCAGAUUCGUCCAACAACACAGUUCCAGUGGUAUUGUAAUUGUAUUGUGUAUUGGCAAUGUUUUGAAGAACUGCUUGUAGCUACACACACACACACUCACACACACACACACACACACACACACACACACACACACACAUAUAUAUAUAUAUAUAUAUAUAUAUAUAUAUAUAUAUAUUUACUGUAUAUACUGUAUACAUAUUGAAGAAUGUCAUUGAACGCAUGUUAAUUAAAGUAUGCUUACUUUAUAUUGAUUCUAAUUCCAUUUAGUGUGUAAACAUAUUUAUGAUUACACAUUUUAAGUGUGAUUUAUUGCUAUUAAUCUGAAAAACCUGUGCGAAUGCUUAAUUGCAUUUUUUUUAAAUCCUCUAAGCUCUAUCUUUAAACUGAUAAAAUAUAUGUUUUUACUUUUUUUUUCAUUUACUAAUUAUUUUUUUAUAUAUAUAAAUAAAAGAUUCAAACAUUAAUGAAAUGUUAUUAUCACGAUCAUGGACUUUCUGUUCCUUUUGUGUUUCCCUAUUUUGGUCAAGUUCCAUUCCUGGUUUUGUAAAUUGAUUAACCCCCAUCUGUUUUCAUUCCCCUGAUUACUUUCCUUGUCUUUAAAAACCCUGUCUGUUUAGUUCCCCCUUGACGUUAAUGGAAUGUUAUACCUUAUGUUUGAAGAUUUGUGUUGGUUGUGCCCUUGUCUCCAUAAUUAAAAUACUCUUUUGAUUUCUA